AUGAAAAAGAUCUCUUUUACUGCAACUUAUUUCUUUAUUUACUUAUCAUUCAUUAUAAUCACCAAAAUUUAUGCUAGUCUUCAAUGCAUUGAUUAUUUAAAUCCUCUUAAUCUAAGAGAUAAAAUUCUUGUACCAUGUCCUCAUGUUAGAUCAAAUAAAAUUGAGGUUCGCGAUAAUAAUAACUUAGAAGACGAAUCAAAAAAUAUGUUUGAUUUAACAUUUAAUUGUAAUUUAAAUGACGAGAAAAUGUGCAAGAAGGCCAAAUCAACAUUCGAAUCGGCUGGAAGGAUUUUAAGUUCUGUAUUAUCGCUUAAUACAAAAAUUGGUUUAAAUGCUACUUUUAGACCUUUAGAAGGGAAUUUAUUAGGAGCGGCAGGUCCAUCCCGAACAAUUCCUUUCAGGGAUGAUGAUGGAAAAAUCCGUUUAUAUGCACAAUCUCUCGCAAAACAGUUUCAAUUAGAAGUUCAUCCUGAAUAUUCAUCAGUCGAUAUAUUGGCAGAUUUUAAUUCAAAUAUUCCAUUUUGGUUCGAAGGCGAUCCUCCAAUUCAACCAAAUCAAACUGGUUUUGAAGAACUCGUAUUACAUGAAUUGACUCAUGGACUUGGUUUUCUUUCUAGUUGGAGUAAUGAUUAUCUUGAAGAAAGUUCAUCUUUCCUUACUCCUAAUAUUGAUGGUAUUGUUUCUAAUGUUGGUGAUAAUAUAGAAAGUAAAUCUAUAUUGAUCUUUCGUGGAUUUAUAGAAAAUGCUUUUGAUAAAUAUAUGAUUUUAACGUCAAAUAGAACGCAUACAACUGAAUUAACAUCAGAACUUGAUAAAUUUCGGGAUGGUCAAGAUAGAAAAUUUACUUCAAUUAACGAAUUUAACGAAAAGUUUAAAUCUUCACCACAAUUUAAUAUAGCAAAACAAAUGUAUAAAACAUGUAUUAAAUCUAAUUCUAUAGGAUUUUUAUCCAAUACCUCUAAUAUAAACAAUAAUGCUGUAAUAUUAGAGACUGGUAUAAAUCCUUUUCGAGGCGGUGCUAGUUUAAGUCACAUAGAUGAAAAAUUAUUUAAUUCUAGUGAUUUUUUAAUGACCUUUGAACAAUUACCUGGAAGGACUCUUGAAGAUUCUAUUAAUGCAAGUGGUAGUAAAGGUGGUAAAGAGAAAGCUAUCGGUCCAAGAACAUUGGCUAUUUUGGAAACGUUGGGCCUUAUAUUUCCACAAUCUUCAUCAACGGAAAGUUGUUCUUCAUCUCAUUGUACUAAGGCUAACUCUUCACCUGACUCAAAUAUGGAUGAUUUAUCGUCUUCUUCAAAUAAUCUUUCUGUGUUUAAUAUGGCUUCAAUGGUUAUCUUUAUUUUUGGUGUUUCCUUGUUUAAUGUUGUGAUGUAA